UGGCUAAAAGUAAACCGCAUGCGUAUCGCCGUGGAUGAAUGGCCUGAUGUUUACUAUUGAUAAUACAGGCGAGAUAUUGAGUGUUAAUAGAUAGAAUCUUUGAAAUUAAAAUUUUCUUUAGCAAUUAACAUUAUAUCUUUGUUACGUGAGUAGUAUAAAAAAAUUUGAAUUUAAAAUGGAUAAUGACAGCGAUUCCGAUGUAGGUGAUCUUUUAAAUGAUUUAUUAGCUAAUGGCGACACAGAAGAAAAUCAGGAACCACCAUCAAAAGUUGCAACACUGAAAGAAUUGGAUUUUAAUUUCUUAGAUAAUAUACCUGAAAUAAGCAAUGAAAACAAGUCAGUAAAUCAGAAAAAUAAGAGUGAAGUUCAUGAUGAUAAUAUUGAUUCUUCUGAUGAUGAGGAUAGGCGCUACUUUGAGGAACAAAAAUACUCUAACUAUGGUCGUGAUAUAAAAUCUUUGUUAAAGAAAGAAACUGCUAAGAAAAGUAAGAGUACACCACUGCCUCAUGAAACCAGUUCAAAAACCUAUGACUUUAGUGUUAAAAAACAAAGUACAAAUGUAAAUACAACUAGUAAUAAUAACAAUACUAUAUCAAAAGAUGUUUACAGUGAUCCAUUCUUUGGAUUGAGAAUUGUUACUCCGACUGUGUCUUCCUCAGAAUUAAAGACACGCAUGAAUGGUAAAAUGCCAGUAACAGUGUCAAAAAUUAAAUUUCACAUUAAUUCAGGGAACUUAGACAGCGAUUGGGUAAUUGCAGGGGUACUAGUAAGUAAAUCUCCAACAAAAACUUCUCAAAAAGGAAGUUCAUAUGUAAUAUGGAAACUAAGUGAUUUAUCUGAGAACAUAAAUACAGUAUGUGUUUUUAUGUUCAAUAGUGCAUAUAAAACAUUUUGGAAAACUACUGUUGGGACUGUGAUAAGUAUUCUUAAUCCUAAUAUCUUAGAAUCAAGAGACAGUACUGAUUUAGCCACACUGUCUACUGAUAAUUCUCAGAAGAUCAUGAUUCUUGGUAAGUCCAAGGAUUUAGGAAAAUGUAGAGCAGUGAAAAAAAAUGGAGAUCCAUGUAAUUCCAUUGUGAAUACUAAUUGCUGUGAAUUUUGUGUAUAUCAUGUUCAGCAAGAAUAUAAAAAGUGCUCUCGUAGAGCAGAACUUCAAGCAUAUAGUAAUACACAGAAAUUUUCAGUAGACAUGUUAAAAGGUAAAAAUUCACAAAAAAAACCACUUAAUGGUAAUAAUUGUAUGCCAGAAUUUCAAGCUGUUGUUGCAGUAAAAAGUAAAAAACUAGAAGAUAGAGAUGCCAAACGUUUAGCACUACUUUCAGGUAGUCAGAAGACUGAAAACUUUAGUACAAAACUAAUGAACCAUGAAACUUGCAAAACAGUAGAGUCAUCAGAACAAAUAAAAAGAAAGUUUGAAGAAAUACACAAAUCGAGAGGUUGGAAAGCGGCUGUACUAUCUCAAUCGUCAAAUGAACAACCUGUACAUUUAUCAUCUGCAUUAUUGAAGUCAAAUACUGGUAAACUGAAUGAUGUAAGAAAAAAAGAUUUGAGCAUACCUUCUUCUUCUCCAUCAAGUCCACGUUUAGGUAUUAGUUGCCUAGGAGGAACAAUAGAUUUGUCACAACCUAUAACUAAAAAACAAAUUAACGUAGCUAAGAGUAAUGCAAUUAAAUGGAUACAAGAAAACGGAAAAAUUAAACCUACGGAUCCUAAUAAAACACGAUUAAAUAAAGAGGAAAAAAUAGAAAAGGGGAAGAAGCGACCCAGAGAAUCAGAAAAUUCUGAACAGAUAACGAAAAAACAAAAUGUACUAUCAGAUAAAUUUAAAGAAAUGCUGCAUGCUAAAUCAAAUCAUACUGAUCUCAUUGAAAAAUCUUACGAACAAGAGAAGGAGAAAUAUUUCAAUAAGUUAGAAAUGAAAGAAAGAAUGGAGGAGAAAAUGUCGACUACUUAUAAAGUCUCUUGUAAAGCUGUUAAAUGUUUAGUUUGCAAGUACUCAUCAUUUUCUGCUUCUGAAAUGUGUAAAGAGCAAAAGCAUCCAUUGCGUGUUACUGAUGCAAUGAAGAGAUUCUUUAAAUGUGGAGAUUGUGGAAAUAGAACUGUAAGUUUAGAUAGAAUACCUUCACAUAGUUGUAUAAAAUGUAGCAGUUCAAAUUGGAUAAAAGCUGCAAUGAUGGAUGAAAGGAAAACAAAUGUUCACGUCAUCCCAUUAUCUAUACGUGGUGACGAAGAAACACAUUUAGGAUCAGUAAUUACAGAUGCCAGUCUUAAUCUCUUGGUACCAGAGAAAGAUGACAAAUAAUAUCAUGUUACA